AUGGUCCUUAAUCGCCUAGCUUGGGAUUCGAUCGUAUCUGCAGCAGCAGAACGACAACCAUACGUCGAACUACGAAAAUCAAAAGAAAAGGCAGUGAGGAUGGAUCGCUCAAUCCUGCUAGAUUAUCGGUCUUAUGCAUCGCUGAUAAGCUGGGCUUUUGCUUUCAAAAACAGGCACUGGUUUCUGGGGAUUUGCAUGGUGCUAAACCAGAUCCUGUCGAUCUUCAUAAUUCCGAUUGCCGCAUAUCUAUUCUCUCCCGCAACUUUGCCGGUACACAGCAACAUAUCAGUCAAUAUUGUCAGCGCUUUUAAUGUAUCCCUGCUCACCACCGAAACCGAUGCACAGCCAGCGAUUAACGAAGCAGGCGCAGUUCUCGUUCACAGAGCCACUCCUCCACCGUACAUAACAUCGGAGUAUGCUUUUGAACCACUCUCAAACAUCUCUAUCCAGUCCGGGAACGUGACGGCAGCAAUCGACGGAUUCUCAGGCUAUAUCUCCUGUGAACUGAAAACCUCCGAUGCAAACGUAUACCGCGAUGGCAACCUCCUAUUCAUUGACAUGAACGACCGCGGUUGCAGAAUACCAACACAGCGCCUUCCUCUUUCUAAUGGUUCUUCACACCUGGAGCUAUCUUUACUUGACACAAUAUUCGCCCGGACUUUCAGUACAGAUACAUGCUCCAAUAAAGCCCACAACUCGCGAAUCGGUCUAUUAGCUGGUGGCUUCCCAAACAAUAACACAAACGCCUGGAAUGUCACUGCCAUCUCCUGCAUCCCCUCCUUUUGGAAAACCCAUGGAAAUCUGACAGUAACUCUUCAAUCCAGCAUUCCCUCUCGGUUUGAAUUUCACCCAGUACCAGCCAAUAGCACGGAAAUAGACGCUACCGAAUACCAAGCUCUUGUUCGAGGCUUACCUGCCUACCAAGCCUUCGAUCCAACGGGCCGCUUCUACACCGAUGUCUUCGGCCGUGCUGUGUUUGGAUAUGCGCAGAAACUUAAUAGCAAUACUGAGCCCUCAGUACUCAACAGCACCACACUUAUUGAAUCCAUGGAGCGCACAUUUGCCGCAAUGUUCGCUUUUCUAACCGGAACAGCACUCUUCGAAUCUACGGAAAAGCGGGAACUCAGAGCUGUGCAAAGCAUUAACGUAACGAAGCUAUUCGUUGUCAGACCAGUUGCCUAUACAGUUACUGCAGCCCAGAUUCUUGUGGCACUUUGCAACGUGUAUCUCAUUUGGUACAUUGAGAGGUAUCCAUCUUGUUUGGGGGAUGAGCCAAGGGGAUGGUUACGAAUCGCUGCUAUGAUUCAGAAAAGCGAUCUUGUUGAUGUCGUGGCGCGGAUUCAGCGGAGGUAUCCGGAGAGUGAUAAGAUUGAGGAUACGGUACGAAAACAAUAUACAUGGAAGGAGUGCCGGGCCUACUAUAACGAGAGCAAGGAGAGGGUAGUGGUAGAAAAUUUGGAAGAAAUAAUGACUUGACGAAGGGAAGGGUGCGUGGAUGAUUUCUUUGCAGUUGUGACAUGGCCCGCAAGAAUUACUCCAUAUCUCCCCAUACCCCUCCAACUGCACUUAUCAAA